CAUGACCACGUACGGUUUAUUUUAGUGCAUGCUCUCGACUGUCUGUGACACAACGGUGUUGGAAGUGUAAGACAGGUAUUAUUAUAACGGAAGCUGACUUAUAUCAACAGACAUGAGUGAAGGAGCUAAAACAGUGGAAUAUUACCGCGAAAUUGGUGAGAGAGUAGCCGACACGUUACAAAAAUACAACAAUGAUACUGAAGGCUGGGAGGAAAGCAAGUCUACGACACAUUUUAAGAUCUCCUAUAGGAAGUCGACAGAGUUUCAAGGCUACCUAUACAAGGGAGAGGCUGUGUAUGCUGCUAAACCUAAAGUUGUGUUCGACUACGUGGAACCUCUACCUAACGGACACCGCGCGAAAUGGGAUAAAAACAUGAAGAAAAUAGAAAUCAUCAAACAAAUGGAAAACGACCUCCGCAUUAACAGAGCCUGUACCAACAGCGCGUGUAUGGGACUCAUAUCACCCCGAGAUUUUGUAGACCUUAUAUUAAUCAAAGAAACAGACGAGUAUCUAUCAACCAAUGCUAUAAGUAUUGAACACAGCGACUGUCCGGCCGAUGAAGGUCAUGUAAGGGGACAUAACUACAGCUGUGGUAUGAUUGUGUGUAAAUAUCCAAAUGAGCCAAAUAAGUGUAAACUUAUAAGUCUCAUCCAGCCCGAGAUCAAAGGAAUGGUUCCCGCCAAACUGAAGGAUGCCGCCAUUCCAGGCUCCAUGAUCGAGUUCUUCACUCAGCUGCGCGACACACUUAAGGAAGCUGGAGAGCUACAUGGACAGGAUUGAAGAUGAGGCGGAUCCAAGCAGCAGGCGAUGGAAAUGUGAUAACGUAUUUAUUGACUUGUCCUCACGUUGUGUUUUAAUCAAGACAGAUGUACACAACUGGUCAAAAUCAGUUAACGAUAGUACCUAUUUAUAGGUGGUUUUAGGCCUGAAAUUUCUUUAAUUCCUGUGCUGGUAAACGUGACGUAAUUGGUAAACAGUGUGUCUAACACCCAUGGUAGUAUUGAGUCUCCUAAUGGAUGUACAUUGUGGGAAAAUACAACUUAUCCAGUAACUUUCGUCCUGUAAAAUUUUUGCCUUUCACAAGUAAAACCCAUUUGUACCGUGUAAAUUUCGCCGUUUACAGAGGAAAGACUUAGUAUAUGACGCCUUCUACUUAAUAACGUGCCGUAUUUGACUACAAAUAAACCCCACUGGUAAUUGUUCUUUUACAACUUGAACAAUUAUACACUGUAGGUACAUGAAAUGUAUUAUGGCAAAAGAUCAAAGCAGGGGAAUAUUUCAAAAUGGCAGACAUCGUAUAAUAAAUGUUUGUGAACAGAGGGAUGUAUACAAUUAAGUUCACUCCUAACGUUUGGUCAAUCUUUUUAACAGGAGAAUGGGGCUUAUUUUCGGUCAAAUAUGGUAAAAUCUACUUUCAUGUUACCUUUGCCAUCAUUAUGGUCAAUGGAGGGCAAAGAGGUAGAAAGUAACGGAAGGGUUUUGAAUUCAGCACAGGAAAUAAAGAAUUGAUCUUAAUUUGGCCUAAAUAUAUUACUACAGUAAGCAGGUCACUGAAAGUGUCUGUGGGGCCAAAAAAAGCGCUUCUAAAUAUAUGUGUAACAUAUAGUGACAAGAGGAGAUAAGUGCAUGCAGACCGCUUGUGUAAUUGUUUAUGUAAAUGUUGGAUUACUUCCCUUUGUUGUGUUUUGUAAAUGUACCACUGAGAUGUGUUGCACUGUUAGAUACAAAAGCAAAAGGUUCACAAACAUUUGACAAAAAUACCAUCAGGGGCAAACACAAUAUGACGGGGGUUUUGGUGGGUUUUCUCUCUACCAAAAUCGUAUUCAAGCAUAUAGACUUUUUUACUGUUACAUUUGAGAAAGUUAUAUAGUUAUAUAUUAUAU